CUUCACUCCAUCGCUCAGGGCACUGCGUCGGGCGUGACUUGCGGACGCGACUUACUCUCGGAACUAGAGGCCACCUAAUUCCACGACCAGACGCCAUCAACAACCAUGGCCGCCUCCUCCUCGAAGCCCUCGAGCUUCCUGCUCUACUGCUGCAUCGCGCACCGCACCACCAUCCUCGCCGAACACUCCGCGCCAGGCACAUCCUCGACGGCCGCAUCCUCACUCGCCUCCGUGAUCCUCCCGAAAAUCAGCCACGACCAGCCUCAAAAACUCACCUACACGCACGACCGGCUCUUCGUGCACUACAUUGCCGACUCGCCCACCUCGUCCUCCCCCAGCGACCAAAAUGAACCCACCUCGCACGCCCCCCUCAGCUACGUCAUCGUCGCGACCGCCUCCCAAGGCCGGCGCAUUCCCUUCGCCUUCCUCCUCGAGACCAAACGCAAGUUCCUCUCCACCUACAACCCCAACAGCACCGAUUUCUCCGCCCUCCCGGCCUAUGGCUGCGCCGCGUUCAACACCGACCUGCGCGCGCUGCUGCAGACGUACAACACCGCGCCGCCGGCGGAUUCGCUCGCCUCGGCGCGCCGCGAGAUUGAUAGCGUACGGGAUAUCAUGACGGAGAAUAUUGAGCGGGUGCUGGAGAGGGGCGAGAGGAUCGAUUUGCUCGUUGAUAAGACGGAUCGGUUAGGGGGGUCUGCGCAUGAUUUUCGCGUCAGGAGUCGCGGGCUCAGGAGGAGGAUGUGGUGGAAGAAUGUCAAGUUGAUGGUGUUGUUGGUGUUUGUUGUCGCGUUCUUGGUGUAUUUCUUUGUGGGGUUGGGGUGUGGGUUUCCGGGAUGGGGGGCGUGUGUUGGACAUAAGGAGUGAGAUUUACAUCUCUAGGGUGAGGGAGG